UCACACUAGCCAGUAGCCACAAGAUGCUUAUAAAUUAUAACAGGAAACCUUUCAGUAAACACAGCUAGUACCACCGGCAAGGUCUUUGGCCAAAAAAAGAGAGAUAUUUCACUAUCGAGACUACUAAGGCAAAGCAAUUCGUGCGGCAAAAUGGUGAAGGUUGAGGUCACUAUCAUUUCAAAGGAAACAAUCAAACCAUCUUCACCAACAUUGCACCAUCUGAAACCAUACAAACUCACCCUCUUUGAUCAGGUCACUCCUGCAACUUACGUUCCCACAGUCUUCUUCUACCCCAUGAGUACUAAUCUCAAUCUCGACAAUGUCCCAAAUUAUUGCACAGCUUAAAAAAUCCCUUUCAGAUACCCUCAAUAUCUUUUAUCCAUUUUCUGGGAGCAUAAAAAACAACCUUUUUAUCCAUGAUUUCGACACAAGUGUUCCCUUUUCGGAAGCUCGUGUUAAUUGUUCCAUGUUUGAGUUCCUUAAGCACCAAGAAACAGACUUACUGGCCCUAUUCGUUCCGUAUCGUGCCUUUUGCAAGGAAACAGAUACUACUAUAGGUCAAGUAGCUAUUCAAUUGAAUAUCUUUGUUUGUGGUGGAAUAGCAAUCGGGUUGAGCUGCUCACAUAAGAUUGAAGAUGCAACAACAUCGAGUGCUUUCCUUCAUUCUUGGGCUGCCACUUUUACUGGGUCUCCGGAAAAAGUUUUACAUCCAAAUUUCUCUGAGGGAUCAACCAUGUUUCCACCGAGAGAUUCACUUCCUCAAAAGCAUAUAGAUACAAUGGAUAACUUAUGGUUCAAAGAAGGUGAUUAUGUUACAAGAAGGUUUGUGUUCCAUGACAAAGCAAUAGCCACCCUAAGAGCCAAAGCAAAAAGUGAAUUAGUUCCUAAACCUACACGCAUUGAGGCACUAACUUGUUUCAUUUGGAAACAUUGCAUGGCAGCUUCUAAGGGCAUAUCAGCAGGUUUGAAAAAGACAUCCAUGGCCAUGCUGGUCCAAGCGGUGAACUUAAGGGCACGAAUGAAGCCUCGCUUGUCAGAUGCUUCUAUUGGAAAUAUAUUUUGGUGGGCACCUGCAGCAGUUGAUUUGACUAUGGAAGAGAGAGAGUUGCAUGAAUUGGUGGACCUUGUAAACGCCGCCAUCGCAGGGUUUGAUACCGAUUUUGAGAAAAAUUUGCAAGGAAAUGAAGGGUAUUUGGCUUUCUCUGAUUACUUUGACCAGUUAGAAGAAAUGUUUUCUGCAGAAAUAAAACCAGAUGUUUGGGCGUUUACAUGCUGGCUUAGAUUUUUUAACGAUCUUGAUUUUGGUUGGGGGAAGCCAUUUUGGAUUGGUAUCAUGGGGAAAGUUGGUUCUGCAUUCAGAAAUUUAAUAAUGUUCAGUGAAACCCCAUGCGGUAUUGGGAUUGAGGCAUGGGUGACCAUGGAUGAGAAAGAAAUGGCUAUAUUGGAGAAUGAUCCUGAAUUUCUUGCAUUUGCUUCUCUAAAUCCUAGCAUUUUACUCCCUCUUUAAAAUCUUUGGAUGUAUUUAUGUUUGAUGCCCAAGAUAAGUAAAAUCGAAUUGGUUGAUGGUACGUAUGUAAGUUUGUGUAUGAAAAGAAAAUAAAUCAUUAAUAAAUUGGUUUAUCAAGGCUCUACUCUUGAUAAAAAUUAGGGAUCUGAUUACUUUACCUCCAACACUGUUCACAUGUUUACACUAUUGAAUCUAAAAGGGUGUGUGAACUGUUGAAGGUGAAGUAAUAAUUAGCCUUAAAAUUAUAGGAGUACUUGUAAGGCAUUUUGCUGAGUAUGUAAGUUUAAAGAAUUCU